AUGCUACAGAUGCCACAGCCCCAGUCCCUACAGCAGAAGUUGGGACUUCUCAGGAGGUCAACCAGGUGUUUGAACCGGCUGACACGUUGCCUUCCCGGAGCGAGGCAGCCGCUGUGCAGCCUGUCAUUGGGAUCAGUCAGAGAGUGCAGAUGAACUCCAAAGAAAAGAAGGAUUUGGGGACACUAGGAUAUGUGCUGGGGCUGAUCAUGAUGGUGAUAAUCAUUGCCAUCGGAGUUGGCAUUGUCCUGGGUUACAUCUAUAAGAGGGGGAAGGACCUGAAGGAGAAGCACGAACAGAAGGUGUACGAGCGCGAAAUGCAGCGCAUCACACUGCCGCUCUCGGCGUUCACCAACCCCGCCUGCGAGCUUGUGGAGGAGAACACCAUCGUGGUGCACACCAACCAGACGCCUGUGGAGGACACGCAUGAUGGUAGUGGCCCGCUCAUGGGGCAGGCAGGUACUCCUGGUGCCUGAGCUUGGGCAGGAGUGACACAGGCUGAGCAAAGCCUCCAGCUUCCCACUGUGAGUGCAGGGGUCACGUGUGUUCAUUUCUAUUUUGUUUUCUUUUCGAUGAAAGCCAGAUGAAGGUGAUGCAGAGGGACAGAACAAUGGGCUAUUCAUCAUGAUCUGUUUGAGGGGCACCAGUCAGUACAUGAUCAGCUGGGGAAUAGUGUGGUAGACCCUGCUGUUUCCUCCCACCUAUCUCCAUGGGAUGCCAGGGAGCUGGGAGGGAUGAUGGACCAGGCUCACAACUGGCCACAGAUCCCGUAGCUCGGAAUGUGGUCUUGGUUUCCUCUUUUUCUGUCCCUUUCCCUAUUUAACAGUGUGCACUGUUACUUAAGUUUCAGCCUGGAAGCCCAGGAGGGAGCAGUACUGCAGGGACU